CGCCUGUUUCCGCCCAGAUGCUCUUCAAAAAUUUCCGCUUUUUGUGUCGAGAAGGGAGAACGGCCACGUAAAAACACCUGCUCCGGUGUGGCAAGGUCUCACCACAGCCUCGGGCAAUAUGGCUCGGCUUCUGUUAAGAUUGAACGUGAGGGGCUGCGUCUCAUCUCAAACGCGAAUGGCAUCUGAUCAGCUUGGUGAGCUAGGCAAGGGAGCGGGGAAAGGUGGAGGUGGAGGAGGCUCAGUGAGGGAAGCAGGAGGUGCCUUUGGAAAACGGGAAGUAGCAGAAGAGGAGCGGUACUUCAGGCAAAAGGAGAAGGAGCAGAUGGAAGCGCUGAGGAAGCACCACACAGGGGAGAUUGAGCACCACAAAAAGGAGAUUGAGCGCCUACAAAAGGAGAUUGACCGUCAUAAAGGCAAAAUUAGAAGGCUCCAACAUGAUGACUGAGCCAUCCAUGGUAUACGAGUCAAAGCAAUGAUAAUUAGUGAUUGAUUUACCCAAGAUUGUGAUGAGACCUUUUUGAAUACAAAACUACCAAUAAAGUGAAACUGGAUUAGA